AUGCAACUCCAGGACGUAAUUCUGCAGACGCACCUGGAGGUGCAAGGCUUCUGCGCUGUCCGCUGGUUGUCUCGCGGGGAUGCUGUGAAUCGCUUCUGUGACGUGCUGCCGGUGCUGAUGUGGAUGUGGACGAAGGAGAAGGACGAGACGGAGAAAAUCGCUACCAGCUUCAAGUUCCACUACAUGCUUUAUCUCAUGGCUGACGUGCUGCAGCUGCUCAACGGACUCAACCUUGCCUUCCAGAAGCAGACGGUCGACAUCACUGAGGUGAAGAAUCAUGUCGACAAGGUGAAGACCAAGCUGGCGCAGUACUACGUCGAGCCCAGCGCAUCCAACGGGCCGAACACCUCUCGCCUCAACAAGUUCCUUGCUGCACACGGCAGCAAGGACAAGCGCAAACUGGAGCUUAAAGGAGUGGGUGCAGACGGCAAGCCUGCAAAAGCCACGGUCGAGUUUCAUGAGGACAUUAUCGACCCUGAAAACCCUGGGGGGGGAUGCGACUUGGAGGCUUGCGUGGACCUGGCGAGGCGUUUCGCUCAGCGCCUGAUUAAGGCGCUGGGGAAGAGGAUGGCAGACCUGCGCCAUUUUGCUGGUGUUGGUUUUUUCACCCCUGAUAAGUAUCCCCUACGUGCAGGAGAGCUGGACACUUGGGCGAAGCAACAUCUCACACAGCUCCUUGACAUGUUCAAGAACCAGCUCCCUGGUAAGUAA